GACAGAAGCUUUGUUAGUGCUUAAGCAAUAUGAAGUGAAAGCUGCACAAACGUUUCACUUGUCUGUGGAUGAAACCAGCCCACUAGGAAUUUCUCUGCAAAAGAGAACAAAUUUUCAGGUGGGCAGGAUCAUACAGCCAGAAUUUGAGAAAAGAAGAAGCUUGAUGGUCAGCUUUACCUAGGAUUUGACUCUGGAUCAUCUUUCCCUGGAUACAGAAAAACACCUGACCAUUAUCAGAAACCCAGAUGACCCAACUGAGUUUGUCUGUUGGAAUAGUGGAGAGCUGACUUGCAACCAUCAGUCUCAAGUGUGAUGGAUGAUGGAAAAGUACUUGUUUACAGACUCGGUAUUGUUGCCAUGUGCCUCCUUCAUAUGGUAACACUGAGGGCAGAACGAUUUACAGUGACUGGAUUAGAGAAGCCAGUCUUGGCUCCAUUUGGUGCAGUACUUGAGCUCAGUUGUCAGCUGUCUCCACCACAAAAUGCCCAGCACAUGGAGAUCCGCUGGUUCAGGACCCACUAUACACAACCUAUUAACCUAUACGAGGAUGGCAAAGACCUGUUUGGGAAAAUUAUCCCCAAGUAUGUGGAGAGAACAGAGCUCCUGAAAGAUGCCAUUGGAGAAGGGAAAGUGACCCUCAGGAUCUUUAAUGUCAAUCCUGAUGAUGACGGGCACUACCACUGCAUCUUCAAAGAUGGCAAGUUCUAUGAAGAGCACAUCACAGAAGUCAAGGUCAUAGCUGGGAGCUCCCGGGUUCAGAUUCUUGUUCAUCCUCCUACUACCAAAGGUGUGAUAGUGGAAUGUCACUCCAGAGGUUGGUUCCCACAACCUCACUUGGAAUGGAGAGACAGCAGAGGAGGGGUCAUUCCAGCUGCAUCGAAAUCCCAUUCACGGAAUGAAGACAAAUUGUUUGAUAUGAAGAUGACACUUCUCCUUAGAGACAGUUCCCUCAGGAAUGUCACUUGUUGCAUUUGGAACCGUCUAACAGGCCAAGAGGAAAGCACAAGCAUUGUUCUACCAGUCGAAAUGUUUUCUUGGAAUUUUAUUUGGACGAUGAUUGUGGCUGUGAUUCUGACUAUGAUGGCACUCUUCAUAAUAAUACCCAGUAUUAAACUACAUAUUCUAGAAGGUCACCCCUGCGUAUGUAGAUCUCCUUUGCUUGUGGCCUUGAUGAUAACCAUUAUUUCUAUUGUUAUACUCAUAUUACUCAUCUUCUGUUUGUACAGAAAAAAUAGAGAUGCACAAUUUGACUUGGAUAGUAUGUGGCUGGAUGACAUGACUAUGAUCCUGAGCAUGCUGAUGGUGUUCGUGGUCAUGCUCAUUACUUUUAUUUUCUUCAUACUAAGAGGAGCACAGGAGCACACAGCACCAAGGAUAGAAAAUCUACAGCGCAACUAUGUGCUGUUUUAUCACAGAAGAAAAUAACUAUGUGAUCACAGAAUUUUGAAUAUGACCAAGAAUUUGACAUUAUGGGUGUGAAGAUGUAUCUGGCUAUUCAAGUUCAAAUAUUUGUGGCUCCUGUGAAGAGUAACCUACUAAAAGUUGGAAAUAAAUCAGAACAGGUAGUAGAGUAAUAACAAAGAUAAAAACCAAUAAUCCAAGUGGUGGUAAUUUUCAGAAAAUAAAAAGAAUUUUUAUUAACAAUUAA